GUGAGGACUAUGGAAAUAAAAUUAUCUAGAAAAUUGUAUUAGCAAUUCAUUAGCAGCAGCAAGAUGUUCACGGUAACCAACGGAUCUGCACUGCCUUUGGGAACAGCAGGGUGGGGGAGCUGCCUGCCACACUGCCAAAACCAGCCUUGGGGACCAUACUGGUGCCACCACACCCCGGAGCAGUGGGCACCUGCUGCAGCGGUGCCAGUGCCGCAAUCCUGCCUGGCAUGCAGGCAGGUGCUGGCUAAGGAUGCACUGGCAGCAUCCUCCUGGCCAGCUCCACUCCUCUGGCAUGGGACCAGCCAGGCGAUGGGCAGCAAGGAGACAUGUCCAUGCGUGCCGGCAUCGCGCUGUCACCCACCAAUGGGCGGUGGCACGCUGUGGCUCCAGAGAUGCAGGAGCUGCGCAGGGAUGCUCAGCCCCAGCCCUGGUGAGGCUGCCCAGAAACGCCUCGAAAUCUGCAAAACCGCCAGUGAAAGGGGAAUAAAAGCAGCAAGAGGCAGCCCCACACGGGAGCUGCCUUUCUGCCUUCGCAGGGAUUUAUUCCGGGGGGGAGCGGGCUCCGUGCCCCCCACGCAGCUGCGGACAAAACGCUCCCGAGACAAAAAAACAUAUCAAAACAAUAAAGAAGGAGGCGGCAGCGGCGAGCGGGCCGUGCGGAGCAAAUCCCAAGAGGUGAUGCAUUAGUAAAUAACGCAACACCCUGAAUGGGGAGGUCAAAUUCCACCAGCACAGCUCGCAGGGCACCCAGUGUCAACCACCCUCCAAGAGCAGACCUUCCACGGGUUGUGAAGGCUGGUGCCAGCCCAGUAUGAAGGAUGGCUGUGCAUCCGUGUCCCUGUUCCUUUGGAGAGCGGAUGGGAGGUGGGAAAAGAUGGGAAAGCUCAUGCGAGGGUGUGCUUGCCACAAGGAGAGCCGCAGCGGGCAACAUGGAGACUCGCCCGGUGUCCGAGCCGCAGCGCAUCCCUCUGCUCCCACCCCAAGUGCAUCCCGAGCCAGCCUCAGCCAUCGGAAGAAAAAUCACCCCCGAUAAAGGAACGCCGCCGCCCCAAACCAGUGAGAGACGGAUUUAUUCAUUUCCCUGACGUUUUAAUGGUUUCUCCCCUUUUUGCAGGAAGAUGAUUACAAAUUAAGCGGCAUUUAAACGCUUUUUACUGUCAACAAUUAAAAGGGGUGAAGGCGGGCGAGCAAUUCAUUCCCCGGGAAACGCGCCGGCUCCCGGCGGGCGCUGCUGGCCCUUCCCUCUACUGUACAGCGCACAAUGGCCCCGAGCACACCAUUAAUUUUGCAGGAUGCUCAAAAGCAAAUUAAAAUAUAAAAAGCCCCCGGGCACAAAAUAGACACUGGGGGGGGGGGUGGCACAGGUCGAGCUCACAAACCGGGCCUAGCAACCGAGGAGGUGCAGCGCUGCCCUGGCACACUGCGCUCGGCAGCCACCUUCGCCCAUCUCCCCUGGUGCGGUGUAUGUCUGGCAGACCUGCCUCCAGUCACCAUCAGCCAUGACCUAUUAACGGGGCGGCUCUUGGCGCUGCCGCCGGCUUUGGAGGCGGGAGCCAGAGCAGGUUGGGUUUGGAUGCCAGUUGGGCAUCUCACGACAGUUUUAAAUAGCAGGUGGUCUGAAAUGUGUUUUUUAGGGGAUGAUGAGCGCUGGAGGGAAAAAGAACCCUACAGCUGCAAGGAUGGAGGCGCACAUUCCGGUCCUCCAGCAGCUUCAUCCCAAAGGAGCACAACUGUGUGAUGUAAAGAUGAGCAAGAUGCAAUGUGUCACAGCCAGGAGUGCUUCCGCCCCUGUCCAAGCCAUGGCGGGGAUGCUGCAGGCACCACGGCACUGAGGCCGCUGCCUCCACGGGAGGAGGGAUUAGAGCAAACCCCUGUGUGGUGAUGGGUUAGGGUGGGCUCCCUCCGUGCCGGCGAGGAGCCCAGUUUAGGAUGCGGGAGGUGCGCUGGCGGGAGAAAGGCGACACGUCCCCUUUAAAAGGAAAUAUAAUUUACAGUGUGCAGCCAGGCGGCCCAUAGUUUCAAUCUCGUUUACUAUAGAGAAAACUCUGCUAGCUGUUCUCUAUCCCACAAAUCCGAUUUAAUCAGACAAGCCAGCCAGCGUGGCUUGAAGUAAAAACGGAUAAUUAGUAAACAGAGAGCUACUUCAGUGCUUCAUUGGCAUUCGAGCCGGGCUAGUGUGUCGCAUUUAAAAUGCAGUCUGAUGAAGUUUACAAAAUCAAACCAUU